GAAGAAGAAGAAGAAGAAGAAGAAGAAGAAGAAGAAGAAGAAGAAGAAGAAGAAGAAGAAGAAGAAGAAGAAGAGUUGUGUUUACCUUCAGUUAACACAAAAUGGCGACAUCCAUGCUGCGAUUAGGUCGACACGGUUGUUUCAAGUGUCUCCAGUUGGAGAGCUGGGGCGUCCUGAGGAGUGGAUCAGCUGCUGCGCUCUGCACUCAGGCUGAAGAGACAGCCAAGUCAACCAAAAAGACCAAGGCUGCGAGCAAGACAGCAGAGACACCAGAGGAGAGAGCAACUUUACUAACCUCCAAGACUUCAGUUGCCUUCCCAGUUAGAUUUUCACAGCCUGGGUUUUUCCCCGCACAGUCUAUAGGGGUAGCUGUACCAGUGACCAGUUCCACUGCCACUACAGAAGCAGAAACUGCUGCAGUAGCUAUAUUGCCUGUCAUUGUUGCCAGUGAUCCAUCUUUAGCUAUCACACAGGCAGAAGAGACUCCAUCUGGUUCUUCACAUCCAGCUCCCAGCCCAGAUGUUGCUCAGGUUGUCGAUGACACUCCUCCAUCUGUAGUUGACACAACAGCUGAGUCCCUGGUCUAUGCAGCUAGAACAACACUAUCACCAUUCGACAAUCCAACUGCAGCCUCUCCCUUAGAUGAUGUAGUCCCAAACACCACAGCUUCCUCUGAUCUUGGUGAUCCAGCAGCUGAUAUUUCUUCAUCCUCAUUGGACAGCUCAGACUCUGAUUCAGACUCUGAUUCAGACUCUGACUCUGACUCUGACUCUGACACUGACACUGGCUCUGGGGAUGAGAAGUCCGAAGUGAGGACCCAGACCAAGACCUCACCACCACUAGUAGCAGAAUCAAUGAAAGAAGAAGCAGAAGUUCAUAUGGUCACAUCAAAGAUGAAGGAAGGCACAAGGGAAGAUGAGAAGGAAAUUCCACCAGAAAUUGUAGAUAAUCCUGCCCCUGCUGUUGAUGCUGACCAGGACACUGCUCCAACAGUUUUAGCAUCCAUAGAAGCAGCUCAAGCUACCAUGGAGACACCCACUGUCAAUUCUGAUGAGUUGGUGGAUUCUGCUUCUGAGAUCUGCACUGCUGCUGAAGACACUCUAGACGGCACUGUCUUAGCUGAAGCUGCUUUGAAUCCUGCUCCACAAGUGGUAGAGGACAUUCCAUCUCCUGCUGUCCCUUGUGCUCAUGUAGAAGCUCCAACCAAAGUUAUGGCCGAGGCUGCAAAUACGGAAAAAAAUCCAUCUGAUGCUCCGGUUGAAACUACAGAUUGUGCCUCUGCCGAAGCCCUUGGAGAUGCUGUUGAAGAAGCCCCUGAAGAAGCUACUACAGAGCCUUUAGAAGCUGAAGCUGCCCCCGCUCUAGUUGCUGCUGAGACACCAGCUGAGGUUUCUGCACCUGUGGAAAGCCCCGAGGAGCUGAUGGACCCUGCUCCAGUCAUAGUUGAAGCUGAAGAAGCAGAUCUGCAGGCAGAGGCCACAGUUGAACCAUCUGAGGAGAUUGUCGUAGCGGCACCUCCAGAGCCUGAGGAGCCAUUUGACAACAGCACUUAUAAAAACUACCAGCACCACUGCUACACCCCUUACACAUUUGCUGACCUGGAUGUAGAGAUGGCAAAGUUUCGUCUCCCUCAGCCGUCUUCUGGCAGACCCUCGCCCAGACACUAGAGGAGCGUACAGCUACAAACCUUAAUAUUUUGGUGAUGGUGUUUUCCUUUUUUCAUAAGGUCAUCCACCACCUGUCACAGCUUGAAAUUCAGCUGUUAAAGAUCUUAUAUUAUUAAAGUUCCCAAAUAGGAAAUGA